UGUUGCACGACAGUCAAUUAGUCAAAACAAACGUAUCGUGAAAAGUGACGGUUUUUCCUGAUGUUUCCCUCGUCGGGUCUCUUUGCUGGUAUAAAUUGUCCUUUUUUAAAACGUGGGCUUUGUGCGCGGCCUCACUGUUUGUACAAACAUGCCGCAGAAUUGCGGGAUGUGUUUGGUGCGUCGUGUCAAUCAUCGAUGGUUGACUUUGCAGGGGAGCAAAAUGGUUAUCCGUUGAAUGAUGAGACCAAAGAUGACUCCUUCCAGGAGCUGGAGCGAAUCAACAAGGAGAUUGAAACUGUAAGGUACGAGGUGGAACAGGAGCAAAGGCGACUGUCCCGCUACCAGACCGUACUGGCAGACAGCAUCAAAACUCCACCGAAUUUCCCUGUUUCCAAGUCUGAGACUGGAGGUAAAAAUGUAGACAGGGGCCCUCAUGGGCUGUCGUCGUGCACAGACCUUCCUAGAACGUAUUCCAGAGGGAAGAAGUACGUGGUUGACAACUCAAGACCUAGGACUGAUUUGGAGUAUGACCCUCUGUCCAACUUUUCUGCUGGCUUGCGAUCUUACAGCUCAUCGGCUAAAGAGCAAAAAGUGAAACAAAACGGGAAAUGUUUGAAAAGAGCAGAAAAAGCUGUACCGUGUGACGUCGCAGUCGCAUAUCAGUUUCCGAUUUCCCGGUCGCCAUCUCCAGAGCCACUUGAUGACUCUAAUGAAGACUGUGACCUGAUUAUUGACAUUCCUCUCUCGCCUAAGAAGAAGAGAGCGAGAGCUCAGACACCUGUUGAUUUCGUUGCUGGCAAAUCCCUCCAGGAGAAAUCGGAGGUCAAAACAAAGCCUGUUUCACUUUUAAAUGUGGAUGCGUGCGAGGAAGCGACUCUCCCUGCAUCAACAUUAGAACAAAAUAGAGUUAAUAGUAAUUACAGUGCUGAAAACAAUCAAGGUCCGUUUAAUCUUUAUGAGAACAAAGAAUGUGAAAAUGCACCAGUUGAUGUAGUUCAUUUAACUGGCUAUUUAGAAGACGUUCAAACCGAAAGUCAGAAGAUUACUCACUCUAAUGCUGAACAAUUAGUGGAGAAAAGUCCUGAACCUGCAAGUCCUCUGGCCACCACAGACCAGCAAGAUCACAACUGCAACACUCUGUUGGCGAAAAAGGAGGUAAACGUGUUUCACGUUGAAUUGCCUCAGUGUGAGCUGCCCCAUUGUGUUGGGAAAAUGAAUCCACUGCAGCCGCAUCAUUUUCCACCAAACGAUUCACUUUUUUACGAAGCCCCGGGUGCUAACUCGUACUCCCCGUGCAGACAACACGCCGAGCAAGUCCGGGCAGCAGAGCCGCCAGCUCAGAACCGGGUUAGUAACCAGUGGUCUUCGGUGCUGCCACAAAGCCAGAAAACGUCAAGCAAAAUGCAAAAAGGACCGUUUCAGGGCAAAGCUGCUGCACCUGAAGGCUACCUGGUGCCGGCAGAACCAGCUUCAGUCGAUUCGUCUGCGUUAAGUUUGUCAAACAGUGCAGAAUCAUCGUCCGCAUCAACUGGACAGCUUUUCCUGACAGAAGAUAAUGAGGAGGUUAUACUCAUUAGUUCCAGCUCGGAUGAAGAUGAGCUCAACUACUCUGAAAUGGAGCUGUCUGACAGCGAUCCGAUGGAGGAAUGCUACCGGAUCUUCAUGGAGGCAAAUGAGGAGAAAGGAAAUGAAGAGCAGCCUGAUGCGUCUGUUGGCGCUAUGGAUGUCGAAGAGAAGCCGAAGUUAAACGUCAAACCCCAAGCAUUACCGGGAAGGAAGAGGGUGGCUCAUGAUGCCAAACAUACAGAGCAGCCAGUGGCUAAGAGCAGACCUCAGCCCCAGGUGCUGGUUCCCCUACGUGCGCCUGCAGUGUCGGGAUUUGCCUCCCAGCCCUCCAACACCUCCAAGAUCCAGCAGGUACAGCACAGAGCCUCCAUGCUGACUGCUUCAGUUAAAGGUGGUCAGGCCUUUGUGGUUUCCUCCUCCUGUCAGAGGAAGCCAGAGACCCAGAAUGCAUCUCUUCCUUCAAUUGAAACCCCUGAAAACAUGCAGCUGGCUCCUGUACAGAAUGCUCACAUGAACUACAUAUCUUUGGGAACUGCUGUGAUUGGAGCGGACAACAACUUGCACUUGAUCCUCCCAGAGGGCAUCUUCCCUCUGCCCAUCACUUCCACUUGCAGCCAAGUUACGUCAGUGCUUACCCCAUUCAGUCAAGUGCACACCAGCAGCGUCGCUGUCAGACAAAUGUACCAUACGCCUGCAUUGACCCCUCUGCAGAGAUACCGCACAACAGCACCUGUGCUCAUUCCUGCGCCGGCACGUAAACCUUCGCUCACCUCUGCUUUGUCACAUUCAAGUCCAGCUGCUUCCACCAUUCCUCAAGCUGCUGUACAUACUACUGUUAAGCCGGUGCCUACUAAACGAAAACUGAAGCAGUGUGAGGCCGCCAAAGAGAAGGUGCCCCAUGAAAUCCGACAGCGUUAUGUCAACAUGUUCACAGAGGAGUUCCUCAAGACAACAGCAAAUGUUAAUGAGGCUUUUGAAAAGGCACUUGCUGAAGAGAAGGCGGUGUACAAUCGCAGUGUGAACAAACUGAAAUAUCUGAGUGUUGCAGUGAAUGCACUGAAGAGGCUGAAGAACCAAAGUGCUGUUACUGUGAAAGAUGAAAAUGAAGUAAAAAGCCAAAGAUCCAAAGGCAACAUUUCACUUAAUCUUAAGAAGUUUAAAGGAAAUGAUGACAUGGCAUUGUAUGAGAGUUUGAAGGACUAUAUCUUGACCGAGGAAAGCCUAGUUGAGAGCAACUAUCCUCUCCAGCACCCAGAGAAACCUGGUUGUGUUGUUCUUUUUGUUGACCAUAAGAAAGGCAGUGCAGACCCCCUCAAGAGGAUCUGCUGUCGAUGUGGAUCUACGUACUCUGUGAACCAAAUGGGCAAACACAUUCGUAAGGAGGAGUGUAAUUACCAUUAUGGGAAAGGAGUCACAAACAAAGUGCCGGGUGGAGUGGAGACACGCUACAGUUGCUGUGAAGGAGUGAUGGGAGCUCCUGGAUGUCAGGUGUUUCAGGUGCAUGUCCAUGAUUACCUCAGCCUGGAUGGGUUCGUGUCGACUGUCCCCAGACAUCCCUCAGAUACGAGCUGUCCUGGGAUCUACUCCUUGGAUUGUGAAAUGUGUUAUACCAUUCAUGGUCUGGAGCUGUCGAGGGUGACGGUGGUCAACUCUAGUCUGCAAGUCGUCUACGACACCUUCGUCAGACCUGAUAAUGAGGCCAUUGACUAUAACACCAGGUUUUCAGGCGUCGGUGAGGAAGAUGUGAAGGGUAACCGCACCUCCCUCAGAGAGGUGCAGGAGACCUUAUUGAGCUUCGUCAGCGCAGACACCAUUCUGAUUGGACACGGCCUGGAAACAGACCUCUGUGCCCUGAAGUUGCUCCACGGGACAGUGAUAGACACGUCUGUGGUCUUUCCUCACCGUCUGGGUCCCCCUCACAAGCUGACCCUCAACAACCUCACAGCUGAAUACCUCAGGAGGAUCAUCCAAGAGAGUGUUUGUGGCCAUGACACUGAGGAAGAUGCUGCUGCCUGCAUGGAGCUUAUGUUAUGGAGACUCAAAGAAGAUGGCAAAAUGAAGAAGUGAUGGAUGUAAUGCAUGAUAAUCACCGUACUGGGCAUACAUAAACCAAAAGCAGAUGCUGUUAUGCAUAUUUCAAAGUCAUCCGUUUGUGUCCUGAUGACAUGGGAGGGCUGUUUAUUUUUGUUUGAUUACAUCACUUAAUUUUGUGUUAACACAGUAAUACCUGUAUAUUAUGAGUUGCAGCCUGUGUCCAUAAAUAUUUGUGAAAAUCUGAAGGGGUGGGGUGUUGUCAGUAUUAUCCAAGUAAAGGCACAUAAUGAAACCCCUUUGUGUGUGUGUUGUUUAUGAAGUUACACCAGCCAAUGAACAGCCAUCAUUUAAUGUUGAAUUGGGCUCAGGUGCA